UUUAUAUUUAUUUAUUUAAUUUGUUAUUAUUUCGCCGCCGACCGUUUUGCUGAGCGCUUGGGUUUAAGUUUUCGUUCCGUCAGAUAUCCGUUUCCAGUCGUUCCGCACCGAAUUUUUCACCGUUUCGGCUGAAUUUCACGUCACGUUACGCUCCAACCCACAGACGACACCAUGUCUGAUUCAGAAGCCGUAGUAGAAAAGAGGCGUGGACGCCCAGCAAAAGACAAGUCUGAGGAUUCUGUUAAAGAACCCAAGAAGCGUGCACGUGAAGUUGAGAAGAAAGACAAAGAUGUAGUAAAAAAGGACGAAGAUGUUCCAGCAAAAAGAGGCAGAGGUCGUCCACCAAAAUCUGGGGCUUCCGCUGGAAAAAAAGCAGACAAGCCUAAGAGCAAGACUGGUAAACGUGGUCGCCCAAAGAAGAAUGACAAAAAAGAAAAGGAGGAAUCUGCUGAAGAAGAAGACAGCAAAGAAGAAAAUGAAGAGGAAGAUGACGAAUAAGACACUACUUAGGAUUAAUCUCAAUAUUUGUGUGUUCCGUGUGCAGUGUGUCCUUAAUUUAGAUUGCAUCAAAACAAAUUUACAUUUUUUUGCCUAGAUUAAGUACCUAAUUUUAUAACUGUAUGCCCAGUAUUUGUAGCCUAUAGCAACUCAUUUAAAUUAAAACUUYGAUUAAGUUAGUAUUGUUAUACAUUACUAUAUUAAUUAAUUAAUAAUUAUGUAACGUCUAAUUAUACUUAAGAACUCAUUUCCUAAA